AUGGACCUUCUCAGCCUUCUGGAUACAAUUGGGCAUGAAGUCGAAGACGCCGAAGAUGAUGCCUUUAUCCAAUUCUCAAAUCCUAUACCCUCGAGUAACCUGGGCUUUAUUGAUCCCCGAUCAAGUACCGUUGAGCUCACCGUUGGCGGAGAAGAGUUGACCAUCCGUCAAUCGCCAACCAUCUUAUCCUCGAAGAGAGCAGGAGGAACUACAGGCGCAGUUCUCUGGCAAGUUACUCCCAAACUAGCAGAAUGGCUCUGCAAGAAAGACAAUGCCCUAUGGAAAUCAUCCGUUUUAAACUCUGAAUCCGCCGUCGUCGAGCUGGGAUGUGGUACUUCGGCGGUGCUGGCGGUAUCCCUCGGUCCGAAAGUAGGGUGUUACGCCGCGACUGAUCAGGAGUAUGUUCGGAAGCUGUUCAAUGAGAAUUUGCGAACAAAUGGGAAGAUCGCUUCUUCGUCUUCGUAUGCGGGUUCGACGGGGAGUAGUAGGUCUGGCAAAAAGACUGAGCGAAAGGGUGGCAAAUAUCACCACCACCCUCACCCUCAUCACCGGCCAGAACGUGAGAGGAAGAAUAGCCCUGCUCGGCGUGGAGACGAUGGAAGCGGUUCUGGCGAUUGUAGCAGCGGUGGAGUGUCGGAGAAGAUCAAAUUCGUCCCGUUGGAUUGGGAGUUGGAUUCGCCUGAUAUGCUGAAACGUUCGAUCAGCGCUGACAUCGCUGAAGAUGACCCUGGCUUCGACCUGCUGCUUGCAUGUGAUUGUAUAUACAAUGAUGCAUUGAUUGCUCCGUUCGUGGCGACGUGUGCUGAUAUAUGUCGCUUGCGCCCGUCCGUGGGCGAGGAACGGCCCGAGAGACCUACGCUGUGUGUUGUUGGCCAGCAGCUGCGGUCUCAUGAGGUGUUUGAAGGGUGGAUGAAAGAAACCUUGGAGGUGUUUCGUGUGUGGAGGGUGAAAGAUGAAGUCGCUGGGUCUACUCUGGCUUCUGGAACGGGGUAUACGGUGCAUAUAUUGCUUUUGAAAGGCGGAAACUAG